AUGCAGGGCGAAGCAUACUCGCGGCCUGCGCCCCCCGCCAGCUCGUACUACUCGCCCUACCAGCCGCCCGCGGGGCCCGCGCCGACUUACCCGCUGCAGUUCACGCAACCCGCGCAGUCGGGAGCCUUCGGGUCCCAGUUUCUGUCGUCGCAGCUGCAAGUCGCGGCCGCCGUGCAGCAGAUGCAGCAACAGUACCGGACGCCGCUCCAGCAGCAGUACGCGCCGCCGCAGCCUCGCCCGCCGCCGCAGCAGCAGCUCAAGAGCCCGCUGCACGAGCAUGCUAACGGGUUCGCGCCGCUGUGCGAGAGCGCGUCGCCGACGCCGAAGGGCGCGGCCAAGCCGCAGAAGCCGCCGCACUCGCCGCCGCACAAGUACCACCACGCGCACCACCCGCCGCACCCGCCGCCCGCGCACACGCCGCACCAGCACCACCAGCACCAGCAGCAUCAACAGCAUCAGCAACAUCAGCAGCAGCAGAUGGUGUCGGGCAACAACGGUCGCUGCGGCGGCGGGCAGGGCGGGCAGGGCAUGGCGCGCGGGGGCCUGGCGCCGCGCUACCCCGCGCCCAUCCAGCGGCCGCACGCGCCCGCGCUGCCGCUGUACCGCGCGCCGCAGCCGCCGCGCCACCACGCGCCGCACCCGCACCACGCGCACGUGCCGCGCCACAACCUCUACUACCACCACCAGCAGCGCAAUGGCGCUGCAGGCGGCGAUCGCGCAGCCGAGGGCGGCGAGGUGGCGGCGGCGGCCGACGAGCCCGCCGAGCCGGCGCCGGCGCCCGACGCGCCGCCCGCGCCCGAGGUCAAGGCCGAGUGAGCCCGCGCCGCCGGACUUCGGCCCUGCCGCGGAACGGCAAUGCUACAAUCGAGUGGACCGAUGGCGCACUUUACGAUACUGCCCACGAAUUCCACUUCGUUUUAUGUAUUCAAACAAGUUAAUAUGGACCCUUGGCUUUAUUCUGAAACUUUCGUACUGAGUAUUUCAGUCCGAACAGGCAGCGGGGUGUAAUUUUUUUAACCGAACUCCCUGUAGCGCUCGUGCGCCUCCUCUGCAAAGCGGUUUUCCUAUUUUUGGCUCUGCCAGUCGUUCCCGCUUACGAAAGCAAUUUUGAUGAAGAGACAGAGCUACGAUUACUGACAUCGCCUUGCGGAGUGGGGCCCAUGAUGUGCCCGUGUCGAAAUCUCAGUUUCAACAGGUUCGGAAUGCUCUAGCCAAUGUAUCGUAAUAACUUGUUACUGCUGAAGCCCUCUACGCCAGACUAACUGAAGAUCUUAAAGCCAGUGGAUUUUUGGGAAUCAAUCAAUGAUCUAUCUAAAUCGUCGAGCUAUUUCUGUAGAUCAUUGAUUACAGCGCCCUAAAACCCGUUGGCUUUAAAUCUCGGUCGAUCUGUGAUAAAGUCCCAUUCGUGGUCAGCUAAUUUGGACAGGGUUCCAAAAAGCUUCAUUGUCAUUUUCACACGCGCCACCCGUGAUGACCGGUGAGAUGGAAGGCGUGAACAAUCAAAGAGAUUGUUAUGAACAGUCGACCACCGCGAUUAGUAAAUGUGAUCAUUUGUGGCCACGAUCGAGCGGCUAGUCGCCCCGCGUAGUGGCAGUCUUUAGGUUUUCGGUAUUUUAAUUAAGUCGUAAAUUAUGGAAGUGAUUUUUAAGAUUAUUUAAGAUGCGUACGGAUCGACGCGCCGCCCGGGUCCGCCUCGGGCCGGCCCCGGCGUGCUCGGUAGCGUGCGAGAGGCGCUCUGUUUGUAUAUAAAUAUAUUGAUCGGACGGACAUCCGGCUGUCUAUUUGACUGUUAUGUUUAAGUAAUGUAAACGCGAACGGUCGGCGGCCUCGCUGCUCUCGACCGAAGUUAUCGCGAGGACUAAACGUCCGACUGACCGAUGCUGCCUCGAGACCUCUCAUUAGUGAAUAUGUAGCGACGGUUUUUGCAAAACGAAUGUCGAUGCAAUAUAAAUGAAUAAUAAAUGUAAUUCGGAGUGAAAACGAUUGCCCCCGAUAUUGGCCGGCAGGCGCGCGUUCGAACUCCAUGUAUCAUAAUCAAUUAUUAUAUGCGAAUAAAAUUAUUAUGACCGA